UAAUUACAAGAAACACAACUGGCACCAUAAGAAGAACGAGAGAAAAAUAGAUUGUAUUGAGGAAGCUUUGAAUCAGUGACUUGAUAGGUGGUUUGGUGAGUUCGUUUUACCGAGAUCGAAUCCUCCCACCCGAAAACAAGUACAUUAAUUAAUUCCUGCUGUACAACCAGCUUCCGACAGACGCCUACUGCGUUUCCACAGCAACUGACAAACCAUCUGCGAUUGCUGUUUAUUUCCAUUCUGUCCAUCCGUACAACGUAUUCAAACCUCGUUACGUUUCUCUCAUUCAUAGAUCUCUCCUUCACAUUUCAUCCUGCGCAUUUCAGCAGCACCUUGCUCCACGAAUUAUUAUACUCGGAUUUAUUAUCUUUUUACUAUUAUUAUUAGCUGCUGCUACGACGGGAAGAUGGGCGAAUAUGUUUGAAGUGUGUGCCACAUCAUCCAGCUGUUGUUGUUGCCGUUCUGCCAAUCACGACCAAGAGAAUAGCUUCUUAUUACAAUGGACUCUAGUUCUCUCUCAUCAUCAAAGAUCUACUCGCCUGUCUUUUCAUCAAACGCCGAAAUCUCUUGCAAUACCCGGAACUCCUCCUUACCCAGAGGAAAUAUAUAUGGUGGCAUUCCUGUGAAUUUAUUGCUCAAUAUUAUUGGGUGGCUGAUUCUCCUUUUACUUUUCUCACUUCUGCGAAGAUUGGCCUGGGACUAUGGCAGAAUUGCACUGGUUAGUCGCAAUGAAGACAAUGAACCUGAGACUGAAACAACAAAUGCAUAUAAUGUGUGGACGACUUUAUUCUACUGCAGCCAUGAUCAAAACAUGUCAGGCUCAAGUGAGUCUUUGGAUACAACAAUUCACUUACAAGAUCGGGGAUUUUGUUCAUGGAUUGCUGCAUUUAUACGAGUCAAAGAUGCAGAUAUUCUUCGCAAAUGUGGCCGUGAUGCAGUACAGUACCUGUCAUUCCAGCGGUACCUUUUGGUCUACCUCUGUGUGAUAUGUACCCUCUCAACUGCUGUUGUGUUACCUGUUAACUUUCAGGGCAAUCUUGUUGGUAAUUCCACCGAUUUUGGCCACACAACAAUUGCUAACGUUGAUUCCAGUUCCCAAUUGCUUUGGAUCCAUGUUCUUCUUGCCAUAAUCUACCUAAUGAUUGCAGUAUUCUUCAUGCAACAUUUCUCUCACAGUCUUCAAUUUGAAGAAGACGAUCAGGUUUCCAAGACUUUGAUGAUAUCAAAUAUCCCAAAAGAUAAAUGUUUCAAAAGCAUUGUAUUACAACAUUUUCAAGAGUCCUAUGAAGACAUUUCUAUUCUGGACAUUCAAUUUGCCUAUGACAUCACAAAACUUGUUAAAUUGGACUCAAAUCGGCGAAGAGCUCUGGAAGCUAAAGUGAAUUCAGAAAAUGAAUACCAUAAAACUGGUCAAAGACCUACUCUUCGUCCAUACCACUGUGGUCAGUUUUGUUGUUGCUGUAAUAGAUGUGGAUGUCAAAAUGUUGAUGCUAUUGAGUACUACACAGAAGAUGAAAUGAGACUAAGCAAUAAAGUGGAGACUGAAAAAGUUUGUGCCUAUCAACGACCCCUAGGAAUGGCCUUCCUCACUCUUGCUACAGAUGUCAUGGCUGAAAAAGUACACCAAGAUUUCCAAGCUGUUUGCCAGGGAGUCCAUAAUUCUGCUGUAUCUAGUGUUAGUGAAGAGAUUGGUGUUGGCCAUUGGGAGAUCUCUUAUGCACCCUCACCUGGUAACAUUUACUGGGAAAACCUCUCCAUUCCUGUGUGGAACUGGUGGCUCCGAGUGAUCUUAAUCAACACAGUUCUUACUGUACUUCUAUUUUUUCUUACUACACCAGCUAUCAUUAUGAACCAACUUAAUGAAAUAAAUUAUCAGAAAGCUUUUCAUGACUUACAUAAUGAGUUGUUGGUACAGUUUGUUCCUACGUUUCUUAUAUGGAUAUUAUCGGCCAUUCUACCUAUAAUUGUCUAUUACUCAGACCAAUAUAUUGGCUACUGGACGAGGAGUGCCGAGCACCAUGCUGUGAUGAGAAAAACCUUUAUCUUCCUUGUAUUUAUGGUUCUGAUAUUGCCUUCUCUAGGACUUACAAGCGUCAAAGCCUUACUUGAAUGGGCAGUAAAAGACAAACAACAUCGUUACAGAUGGCAGUGUAUCUUUGUGUCUGGAAAUGGUGCUUUUUUUGUAAAUUAUGUGAUAACAUCAGCAUUUAUUGGUACUGGUUUGGAGUUGAUGCGUUUCUCCGAACUGUUCAACUAUGGAAUCCGUAUAAUGUGUGCUCGUUCUACAGCAGAAAAAACUGCUGUGCGUAAGGCUGUUAUCUGGGAAUUUCAAUUUGGUUGUCAGUAUGCAUGGAUGCUGUGCAUCUUUUCAGUGAUAAUUGCUUACAGUAUUCCAUGUCCAAUGGUAACAACAUUUGGUCUAAUAUAUCUUGCCAUGAAACACAUGGUUGAUCGCUAUAAUAUAUAUUUUGCAUACAAGCCAUCUCGUAUCAACAAACACAUCCACACAACAGCCGUGAACUUUGUUAUAGUCUCUGUAAUCUUACUCCAAAUUGUUAUAGUAUUCUUCACAGCACUACGUCUAACGGAUACGUUUCAACCGACGUUUCUAUUCUCACUGGUUGCUCUGGUCUUCACACUCCUCGUAUUCUUUGGUCGUAUCAGUUUUGGUUGGUUUAAAGGGCUGACGCCAAAUUAUAAGCGUGCUCCAACGGAUUCAGAUGAGGAAGCAUUGUACCAGCAUCUAACUGCUGAUUCCCGACAGACAGAACCCGUGAAGCCAUUUGUUGCCAAUGUUCUGAAGAAUGAUUCCAAAGGCGAUGCCAGGCAGGUAGACUCUGUUCGAAGCAAUACCAAUAAUUAUGGUGCCAUUGUUUCCACAGACACAGGAAACUUGAUUGACGGAUGAUCUGCACAAUGACUUUCUCAUGGAACUGAUAUUUUAUUCUUUCUGUUCCUCAUUUCUAAGUUCUAUUUCUAACUUUUUUUUUUUUGGUGUAAAUUCUUAAGUUGUUUUAAUUUAUUGAAGAGACAAAAGAGAAGAAAGAAGAAGCAAAAUAACAAAACAAAAAAACCCCAAACAAUUUUACAUUAAAAAAAAUCAAAAUAUUUCAUUUAUAUUUAUUAAUUAGUUAUUUACAUGUUGCUAAAUUACUUUACCUCUUUUGUUUCUACAUCUCUACUUCUCUCUCUCACUCUCUCUCUCUCUCCUCUCAUUUAAAAUCAAUUUCUUGUUUUACAAUUGAUUUGUUCUGCAUUUCACUCAAUUUCUCAAAUCUAUUUUUUUACAAAUUUUAUUCCUCGUUAGUUGUUGCAGGUUAUUUUUACUUAAGCACCUUGUUAGUUAUCUAUUCAUUUAAGAUUUUUUUUUUUGUUGUUUUUGCAAUUUUACAUUUUGUUAGUUUCUUCCAGAAAUAUCAAUAAAGCACUCAAUGAAAUCACUUUAGAACAUUUUAUUAUCAUUAACGACUUGUCAUAUUUUUUUAAUUAAAAUUACAUUUUGCUUUGUUUCCCCUUUGUUUCUAUUUGUUUAAUUUUAUUUUUAUGGUUGACUCUGCUUUUUAUCCUUUUAUGAUUGAUGAAAUAUUUAAAUCAAAUACUAUUCUGUGCUGGUCCCUUCUCUCAUACUUUGACCCCUCAACCCCUAGCAUCAAGCUACCUCUCUCAGGGUUUGUAGUCUUGCAAGUUACUUGGCAACUUCACUGAAGCUGGCGGCAUAAGAAAAGCACCGAGUACACUCUGUACUAGGAAGCCAUGCCAAAGCAGACAUUGGACCACAAAGCAGUCUUUGGGUCCAUUGAAUCCUGCCAAACUGUCCGAUCCAUGCCAGCCCGGAACAUGGGCGUUAAAGGAUGAUGGCAACUGGGAUUCAUAUAAUCCAAUGGAUUCAAACCGUUUACUAGAAUUCCGAUGCUCUCUCCUUAUUAGAUCUCAUUAUUUCUGGAUCAGAAGUGCAAUGUUAUACAGGCAAACUGUUUCUGCUACACUAGGACCAAUAUACCUUGAAGAAUGGAUCUUUUUAGGAAUAGCUGGCUCAGACAGAACUAUUGAACCAAUGGCAUUCUUGAAUUCUGAAAGUUUGAAAUGCAUUAAAAAGAAUAUUUUUUUACUCAAAGUUUGUAUAUUUGGAUAUUCUAAGAAGGAUGUAAUGGCUACAUCUGUUUGUUUUUUGUUUUCGGUGAGUUACUGACAACUGGUUUCUGUAAUAUUGAGGGCAGAAAGUUUAACAUCUACAUAAGGUUUUGAUCAAGUGCUGGAGUAAUGACUGGUCUGGUAGCCCAGAACUCUGUGUGUGUGUUUGUGUGUGUAUGAAGGUUUGUAUAUUCCUAUCUUCAUCGUUUUAAUGUCCACUUUCCAUGCUUGUAUUUGUGUGAAUGUGUAUGUAUGUAUAUAUAUUUAUGCGUGUGUAUAUAUAUGAGGGGAUGCUGAAAAGUUCCUGGCUUUAAGGGUAUCAUGAAAGGCCUGCUUGGAGGGCCAAACGUCUGAGAUCUUUUACAGGGCUUAGAAAAACUGAAGGACCACUGCAAUAAAUGAGUGAAUCUAAGAGAGGAAUAUAUUGAAUAAAAUCAUAAGUAACUGAUCCUCCUGCAUUUUCUGUUACCCAAAGCCAAGGACUUUUCAACACCCCAUCGUAUAUAUAUAUAUAUAUAUAUAUAAUAUAUAUAUAUAUACACACACAUAUUUUGCCUCAAAAAUGUCAGAAUCUGGGUUACAUUUUGUUUUAUGCCCACAAAACUUUAACAUGAGAAACUAAGUCAACCUCUUACUCUACAAAUACAACUCUAUAUCAAUGUAUUGAGUGCUAUUUUUGCUCAUUUGUUUCCUCAUGUAUAUAUAUUGUUAACCUGUUGUCAGUUUUGAGUUGAUGGCAUUGAACUAUUCUGAUAUUCUGUAGAACUUCAGUGAGAAAUGUCUCAACAUAAACUUUUGUCUUUAGAAUCAAAUUCACAUUUGCUAUGAUAAUGGAAUUGGUUGAAACAAAGUCUAUGUAUUUUAAUCCUGUACUGUUAGGCCACUAUAGAUGCUACUGAACACCAUUCCUCACGACAGCAAAUUAACGAAUCUCUUAUCAGUUUUAUAGUUUCCAUUUCUUUAAGAAAUAUGUUGUACUUACGUAUAGUUUCUAUUCACAGUUCUAUAGAUUGAGCCAGAGAAUGCUACAGAUCUUGAUUAUAGAUUUGGUGACAUGCUGGGGCAACAUAGAUAAAGCUGGUAUUAUGAGACCAAAUUGAUUUGAUCAGUUCUAGAAUGAGAUAUUGUGCUAGUUAUGAUAUUUCUAAUGGCAUUUGUGUCCUAACAAAGAUGAAGUAAGUUUCAAUAAACAGUAUAAAUUGUAUAACAGAUGUCAUUCACUGAAUCCUUGUCUGUAUUAAUCUGGUUUUAGGAAAAUAACUGCAGUUUUUAACCAUCAAGUAAUGUAACUCAGAAUAAAUGUUAUUCAUUGAAAUAACAAUCAUUAGAGUCUACAUAUUUUUGACCACAGGCAAAUUUAUUGAUUUUAGUAGCACAGAAUCCUGGAAUCUUGGAACAAAUAGCUUCUUGAAAAGCAUUUAGAACUGCUUGUUGUUGUUGAAGUUAUUAAACUGUUUGAGAAACUGGUUGAGAGUCAUCCAAAGACCUGUAGAAUUAGCUGAAGGAAGUAGAGCAUCUUGGGUUAGUCCAUUCCAUUUCUGAAGUUAUUGGUAAGACAUGUGGUUUGGCAUUGUCUUUGAAAAGAAUUGGUCCUUUUUAAUUGAGCAUUGAUGACUGUAAAUCUUGCAAUUCUUCAUGUAUUUUGUCAGUAUCCUAGCAAAUAUUUCUCUGCUGUGACAGUUCCAUCAGGAUUCAAAAAUGGUAUUGGACAAUUUGACUUUCUGAUUUCCAAACUCUGAGCAUAAUCUUGUUUUGAUGCAGCUUUCAAUCACAGAAAGUAUUUUGCUAUUUCACCUCUGGUCCAGCCACUGCACAGAAUGCCAUCAGUUAUUGCAGAAGAAUCUGGACUUCUUUUCUUUUUCCUUUUUUUUUUCUUGUCAUAUUAUCACAAUGUGACAAAGAAACAGGUUGUUUUUGUUUUGCAAACAUUCUUUCUUCAUAUUUUUGUUCAGUUUGUGCAACACCUGUUUAUUCAUCUCUUUUAACUUUACAAUGUGGUGAACAAACAUUGAACAGUCAACAUUGAGGCCUUCUGUAAUCUCUUGAGUUGUUUUUUUGCUUGGAUGCACUUCAGUAAUGGCUCUCACUUGGUCAUUGUCAAAUGCAGGAAGUCCUCUCUUACUCAUCUCAUCUUCAAGGCUAUCAACUCGAUUAUAAAAUGGUUGAAACUAAUGUUGGACUUUGUUGACAAUUUCCUGGCCAAAACCUUUAUUGAUCUUUGCAAAGCAGCGGAAACUGCUUUAUAUUCCAUUUUGAACUAAUUCACUAAAACAAUCGGAGUGUGAGUACGAGAAGAGUGGAAGUGAGUCUAGAAUAUACUGAAGGUGGUCUGUUGAUUGGAUGUUGAAUUGAAUAGGAAUUAGCACCUCAUACUCUUGCCGAAUCUUAUAUACUCUCACAAAUUUUCAAGAAGUGUCUUGCAUAAUAUGGAACAUAGACAUAACCACAACUUUCACAAAAUUAACCACUUAAAUAAGCUCUUACUUCCUGAAAGAGAACACCAAUUUACUGCAAGAUUUGAACUCAACUCACUGCAAGCUAAAUAAUUACUUUCCACUUGUUUAUACAGAACUUUUUGCCACCAACCAACACCAGUUUACAUUCAAUGACACUUCUAGACAGAGACAGGCCAAGAAGAGUUGGGUGAUUUUUGCCUGAGAUAUGAAAUUUCAGUUGUUCAGCCAGUGGGUGUAAACUCUUGACUCAAUUAACCAUAACUUGGUGCCAUUUUUAUAGAGAAUCUAAACAAGAUUUUGUAAUGGCUUCAUAUAUCUUUGGUAUUCUAUUGUGUCUUUGAGCUUAGCAUUGUUUUUUUUGUUUUUUUACUUAAACUCAAAUGGUAUUUAAGUAAAUAUCUCAUUAAUAAAUCACAAAACCUGACUGGAAAUUAACAAGCAGUUGACUGAUUGAUUUUGAGUGUGAUAUUUUGGGUUUAACGAAGGCUGAUAUUGAUUGAUGCAUUUUCCUGUCAGGUUAACCAUUUUUUCUUUUUUGUUAUUGAUCCAACAGAUAUUGCUGUAUUAACACCAGUGACAAUAUCUGUUGUCUCAAUUUUUGAUGAACAAUACCAGACAGACCCUUUGCUGUAGAUUUAUUAAAACAAUUAAAAAAAUCAAAUUAUUGUAGUUUGUUUAAAAUAAUUACAGAUAUCUCUUUGGGUUGUUCUAGUCCAGAAUUGUAGAACAUUAAUGAUGAUUUCUCCACAAAAAUGUUCAAAUGUCUUCUUUGUUUAUCAUCGUCCCCUAAACUUAUAUUUUAUAAAUUAUUUAAAUGAGAAAUAAAAUUUAAGGUGUGUUAUUUCUUUUUUGUAGGAUUUAACUAUGUCAGUGGUAAGAUUUAGAAUUAGGAAUUUGUCUAUUUUUAGACUUGAAAUGUCCACAAUGUAAACUGAAGAAACAUUUAAACUAAACUAACUUAUUUUUUUGCAAAAAUUAUGUUAAAAUAUCAACUUAAUAAAUUUAUUUUUAUCUGCUAUGGUGAAAAUUAUUUUCUUUUUUGUUAUGUAAUUUUAUGUGUGUGUGUGUUGGAUGAUUAUAUAUGUAUGUAUAUUAUAUGUGUGUAUAUGUAUUAUAUAUAUAUAUGUGUGUGUUGGCUGGAUGAUUGAUUAAAACACACCUGUUGUAGUUCACACUUUUAUUACAAAUUAAUUAUGUGAACUACAAUCAGUAUGUUUUUUAUUGGUAGGUGACUAUUUAAAAUGCAAUGUUUGAGCUUCAAGAAUUUUGAGUCAAAGAUAUUUAUGUGUAUAUAUAUGUAUAUAUAUAUAUAUAUAAUAUGUAUUCUUACACACGUACAUAUGACAUACAUACAUAAAUACAUGUGUGUGUGUAUAAUAUAUAUAGAUAUUUGUUUACUAGUUCCUAAAUCACUACUAUUUUACAGGAAGAAUAAAAACCAUAUUAGCUGCAGAGAGAUCCCCCAUUUUAUGUGUUGAUGUUGAAAAGGUUAUUUUUAUUCUUGUUUAACUUAAUGAAGUUUAAAACUUUAGUUUGUGUCACUCAUUUCAUUAUCUAUGGUUUAAAUACCACUUUACAUUUGUAAAGACUAUGGAAGCAAUUCUUUGAUUUGGAGGUUUAUUUAUUGAAAAGAUCUGACAAAGAAUGCUGUGCAACAAUUCCGAUAAUAAAAUGCAUUAAAAAAAU